AUGGAGAAGAUGGAUAGCAACUCCCAGCAUGUCGAGGGGGUACAUGCAAAGGAGAGUGAUGUUAGCCCCGGGGCUGUCGAGUCCGGCAAGCACGAGGCAUUCUAUGUCGAGGACCGAGUCGCCCAUCUUACUGAGGAACAUCGCCAGUAUCUGCUUGCUCGCCAUGGAACCCUGGAUUUGGAUCCGAUUCCAGACAUGAACGAUGCAGACCCGUAUAACUGGCCGACCUGGAGGAAAACCGUCAACCUAACACUGGUCGUCUUCCACGCCAUGAUCGGUCUUUUCACUGCGGCUUCCAUCCAAUCCGCCUUCGUCAACAUCUCGGCCGAUCUGGGUGUUAGCAUGCAGCGAACUAGCUACCUGGUCUCCCUCUUCAUCGCCGUCCUCGGUGGUGCACCUCUCUUCUGGCGCCCACUUUGCAACCGAUUCGGUCGCCGGCCCAUCUUCCUGAUCUCGCUGAGCUGUGCCCUGAUCGGAAACAUCGGAUGUGCGAACAGCCACUCCUACGGAACUAUGGGAUUGUGCCGUGCUAUCACCGCGUUCUUCAUCAGUCCCGCCGCGGCCAUGGGUAGUGCCGUUGUCGCAGAGACUUUCUUCAAGAAGGAUCGCGCGCGAUGCAUGGGUUACUGGACGCUGAUGGUUACUAUCGGUGUCCCGGUUGCGCCAUUCCUGUUUGGAUUCAUGGUUAUGCGCGUCGGAUAUCGCUGGAUCUACUAUGUCCUUGCUAUCGUCAACGGCGUCCAAUUCCUUUUGUACUUCUUCUUCGGUUCUGAGUCCCUCUACCUCCGCAACGAGAACGCCCCCAGCCAAGUUACCACCGCAAAGGACAGCAUCUUCAAGUUCCGCCGCAUCGACCCAUCCCCCCUCCGUAUCUGGGACUUCGUGCAGCCCCUGACCUACGUCACCAAGCCAUGCGUCUUCAUCCCUGCCUGCGCCUACGCCAUGAUCUUCCUCUGGGGUAGCAUCGCGCUCACCAUCGAGAUCCCCCAGAUCUUCCCCGAGCAAUUCGGCUUCAACACCCAGCAAGUCGGCUUGCAGUUCCUGGGAGUGAUCAUCGGCUCGGUGAUCGGUGAGCAAAUUGGUGGCCUGAUCAGUGACCGCUGGAUGGCGGUGCGACAGAAGAAGAUCGGUGCUCCUCCAGCUGCCGAGUACCGUCUGUGGCUGAGCUACAUCGGACACGUGCUGACUAUUGUCGGUGUUGUGGUGUUCGCUGUGCAGUUGGGCAAGGCUGGUGAUAAGUGGAACAUCACUCCUAUCGUUGGUGCGGCUAUUGCUGCCGGUGGUAACCAGAUCGUUACUACCAUCAACAUUACCUACGCGGUGGAUUGCUACCGUGCUGAUGCCGCGAGUGUGGGUGUGUUCAUCACGUUUGUGCGACAGACUUGGGGAUUCAUUGGACCAUUCUGGUUCCCCGAGAUGUUUGAGACUGUUGGUUGGGGCGGUGGUGCCGGUAUUGCUGCGGCUCUGAUGGUGGGUGUCAGUGUGAUCCCGACUAUCAUUCUGCAGGCGCGUGGAUCCAAGUGGCAUUAG